AACUCCCUACAGACACGGAAUUCCUGGAAGCCAUAACCAGUGCUUUGAGGGCUCUCCUGCAAACAAUGGCAUCAAAGAACAUCUCCCAGUGUAUGACUCCUGAGCAGCUAUUGGCGUUAUGUGAAGCUGGUAUUCACAGCAGCAAUGACAGUGUUAGAGUGAACGUAGUGAGCAUCCUUGGAAUCUCUGGCAGCGUCCUGGCAAAAGGACAAGAUACAGCUGAAACACUAAAGAUGAUUGGAAAAUUUCUUCUUGACAUUGCUAUGAAGGAAUCUUCUCUUGUGGUAGCAGGGGAAGCCUUGGAUGCACUUUUUGAUGUAUUUGCAGAUGGUAAAGAAGCCGAAAAGGCAGCGGUACAGAUCAGGUUGCUUCCAGCACUGAAAGAAUUUCAGCCAGUGUUCAAAAUGAGGAUGCGAAAAGAAGGCAAAGGACAAUAUAGUACAGAUCAACUGUGUGUUCUUGACAAUGUGAAGAUGAAUUUGAGAAGAUUCAUUGCAUAUCAGGAGACAGUAGGGAAAACCCCAACUUGAAACAUCGAGGAAUUUUAAACCAAGGUUUCCCUUAUUGAACAAUCUUUUCCGAAAAUAUAACCGUUUUGAACUACGAAAAUUUAUUGAGCAGAGCAGUUUUGCUUUCAUGAUAAUACUGCAUUUUUUUACAUUCAGUAUUUUUAUACUUCUGGGUUGAUGCAAUAUGAAAGCCACAUCACCGUAAAAAACAUAACAUACUUGGAUAUUAAGUGUUAGCAGUGAUAAGAACGUGCUCUUGCAUUCCUGACGUCUGUACAUAGC